AGCGUAUAACAAAAAAAUUCCAAAAUUUAUAAAUAUGAUACUGUUACUGAGAGAUAUAUUUUUGAAACUGUCAUUCGCAUGCGAAAGUAAAGCGUCAUCUAUAAAUCAUUACGUUAUUAAUUAAAGCUUUGGAAUUGGAUAGCGUUGAGCAAGGAUACCAGGCUAUUAAAAUUGUGUUUAGGAGUUGUAAUGUAUAGUUAUGGUAUACUGUUACUAAUGUUUUAUAAAACUUGCGUGUUGCAGUUACUUGUACACGGCACAUGUAAUUAUUUUCAAUGACAAUCUGAAGAGGCCACAACUUAGCAGUCUUUGAUCUGUGCAUGUGUUCUGAACAGGAAGCGACUGUAGAUAUAUUUUGAGGUCAAGCCAUAAGUUUAAGGACUUAUUGUGUUAAAAUCCAGGUUUCAGUUCCACUCAGUGAACAAAAUGCAGGAAAUGAGAAGAAGACAGCAUGAAGAUGCUAUCUUGGCCAUAAUAAGUAUCUACACAGCGGGUGUCGCUUUCUGCUGUAUGGGAUUAGUUUUGUUCUUCUGUUUGAAUCAUGUUUUAAUCACAGAUGAAACCACCCUUUCUUCAUUUUCAGCAUACAGUAGAAAUGGAUCCAAGCCAUUGCGUCAUCUGUUGGAAAUUUCUAGUACCAACUGCACUCCACCUGGAAUUGAACAAUUUCCUCAACCCCUUAUGAGAUAUGAAGUACGAAGGGCAGGAGGAUUAGCAUUACACAUUUUUGUUGCUCUGUAUAUGUUCCUUGGCUUGGCUAUAGUUUGUGAUAAAUACUUUAUGUCAGCUGUAGAGAAAAUGUGUGAAGUGUUUAAAAUGAAAUCUGAUGUUGCUGGGGCAACUUUCAUGGCAGCUGGCAGCUCAGCUCCAGAACUAGCAACAGCUGUUAUAGGUGUUUUUGUUGCUAAGGACGACAUUGGUAUUGGUACAGUUGUUGGAUCAGCUGUAUACAACAUAGCAUUUGUCAUCAGCAUCUGUGGACUUUUUGCUGGAAGGGAGAUUUAUCUGAAUUGGUGGCCAUUAUUUCGAGAUUGCUUUUUCUAUCUUAUAAGUAUCUUUACCCUGUUAUGGACUAUUUAUAAUGAAGAAGUUUCCUGGAUAGAGUCUGUGGUGUUGUUGAGUUUGUAUGGAGCUUAUCUAGCUUUCAUGUUUGUCAAUGAACGGGUGGAGAAAUGGGUUAAAAAUCUAUCCUGCCCAUGUGAGUUAUCAAAGCAUAAUUUUCAAGAGAACUCUCAUAAUGUGGUAUAUAAACGCCUCUGUGAUGAUGAGACGGUGGUUCUCGCUGAAGAUAUGGAGAAGAGUGAUGAUAAUGUAAAUGGAGAUUUGGAUAAACUUGAAAAUUUUACAAGAACUAAUGAUGUGGAAAACUUAUCCCCUUUCCACAUUCCACAGAAACUUCACAGAGCAUUUAUGUGGGCUAUUUCACUCCCUAUUACUGUACUGUGUUACUUCACUAUUCCUGACUGCCGCUUGGAACGCUGGAAGAACUGGUAUUUGGUCACAUUUCUCAUGUCCUGUGUUUGGAUAUCUGGACUUUGUUACAUUCUUGUUUGGUUUAUUACUAUCAUUGGUUUCACACUUCACAUUCCUGACACUGUAAUGGGACUGACAUUUCUAGCAGCAGGAGUUAGUGUACCUGAUGCAAUAUCUAGUCUCUUAGUUGUGCAGGAAGGUAUGGGAGAUAUGGCCAUUUCCAAUGCCGUAGGAAGCAAUGUGUUCGAUAUCCUUUUGUGCCUUGGAUUGCCAUGGUUUCUUCAAACAGCAGUCAUGAAGCCUGGUUCUUUUGUUAAAGUGUACAGCAAAGGUUUGACAUAUUCAACUGUGACUCUUCUAUCAACUGUGGUGUUUCUACUGGUGGCCACACACUGUAAUGGGUGGAAACUUGACAAAAAGUAUGGAGUGAUACUUUUUAUUUGGUACCUCCUUUUUAUGGUGUUGGCAAGCCUAUACGAGUUAAACGUCUUUGGUUACUUCAACCCACCUGAGUGUCCGAGCAAUUAUUAAACAGUACAGUUUCAUCCAUGUAUCCUAAUGCCUACAGAACGGUUAUGUGAUAUGUAUAACAUUUCUUUACAACUUCAGGGAAACUUCUCUACAUACGUACAUCAGUAGCUGCUAAACGGAAGAGUUUUAUUUGUCACUGUAACUUCCAAACUAGAAAAAUCAUGUAUUCAUUUUGUGAAAACACUAGAAUUAAAGUUAUUAUAAUAUUGCUACACUGCUUAAAACUUCUAUUAGAGUUUUUUUAUGCAUUCCAGUUUUGAAAAGGGAAAUGAAGAUGUGAAUUUAAGUAAAAAAGUUGUAAUAAUGGUAUAUAGUUUUAAGUCUGUAUUUGCUGUUACUGUACAUUUCAAUGAUAGUAAAUGGGGAAAUGUGUUUGCUCUCUUACUUCAGUCAGUGAGAGUGGGCAAAAUUUUGUGAAUGUUUGCUUCAUUUUUUUGUAUGAUUCAACUUGAUUUGAAAUUGGAUUGUAUUUACUUUAUUAUACAUACAUAUAUAUACGUUGUUGUUAUAGAAAAUAUAACGAGUAUUUUUAUGGGAAUGAGCAGCAUCCUACGGUUUAUCAAUCACAUUUAAGAAAUAUGUCUACACAUGUAUACUUUGUUAAUAUCUUCCUAUAGUUUAUGAUGUAUUCAAAAUAUAUAUGUAAUACGAGUACAACACAAAAUUAAGAAACUUGUUUUUACAUGGCUACAGACUUGUUUCAUCAAAACUGUUACCAAUAAACAUCAAAAUAUUGAUUAUAUUUGCCUUAUUAAAUAGUAUUUCAAUGUACAUUAUUAACAAUAUAUUUAUAUCAAAGUUUUUUUUGAACUUGUGUGGUAUUUGUGUUAGCGUCAUGAACUUAGGUAAGUUUUUGGGAUUCCAGUUAAUAAAAAUAAAAAGGGGUUAAAAACUUGGUCGGUAUAGGAAUGUAAUUUAAGAUAUAGAAAUAUAAAUGUAACUACCCAAUUUUUAGUUAGUUCUUUAUAUCCCUCCCUCUUCUCAAUGGCUCAGCAGUAAGUCUGCAGGCUUAUAACACAGAAUCUGACUUCGAUACUUGCAGUGGGCAAAACACGGGUAGGUCAUUGUUUAGUUUUAUGCUUAAUAACAAACAAAUCAUCAUAUAUUCAAAAAUUUAUAUAUUUUUCACUUUCCUGUUUCUGUGAUAUUCUGGAUCUAAUGCAUACUAAAUUUAAUAAGUGACAAAUGUUCUAAAUAAGUAUAUCUGAAAGUUAGUUCAUCUCUAGAAGUAAUGUUCCAGCUCCUGUGAAAGAUUCACUAUAACUGGUGGUAGUAGCAGAAAUUGGAUGUAACCUAACAGAAAAGGAAAUUGUACUGGAACCAUGUUAUUUUUGUUUCCAAAUUAAUCUAAUUUAAACCAAACAGAGUGAAAUCCAGAUUUUGUACAAGCUACUUUUCAGGAAAAGAACCAGGAGUUUAAUUUAAUCUAGUCAGCCACUGUUUAAUUCUUGAUGUUGUAAUUACUUAAGUAAUGGUAGUUACAAGCCAGUCGGAGAAAAUUUGCAUUUACAGUUAAGCCAAAAUGUUAUAUAGUAAUAGGCAUAAAAACAGAAGUUUGAAAAACUCUAAAGGGGAGGUUGUUAAAUAAUACACACACAGCCUAAUGUACUUUCUUAAGGACUCUUGCAUCAAAUGUUGGGUUUUUAAUUAUUUUUUAUCUUUCUACUGAUUUUGCUUAGUUUACCUUCAACUUGUCUUUUAAGUAAUCAUAUUUUUUCCAUUUUUCGUGAAAGUUUUUAGUUUUCAUUGAAGUUUCUGCGAGUUAUAACUAGUGACCCAUUUUGGGGUAUUUAAGCUACAUUCUUUUGUAAAUGGUAAAAAUUUUUUCACUGCAAUUUUGUAGGUUUUUUUUUUAAAACCUGUGUAAUAAGAUUCUUUUGAUAUUUCAUUAUGAACAUGUUUUUAGCAUAUUCUUUUUUGUCACACAAACAUUAAUUUUUUGGGUUAAUUUGUGAUGGCAAUUGUUUUCUUUGAUCGUAUGUUUAGAUUAUUAAAAAAUCUUGUUAAUGUUCUUUAUUUAUUUAGUAAACUGCUUCUUGGUCUUUCCUAGAAUUGUAAUUACUAGUGAUGCAUUAAGAAGGAUAAAGGAAUAACUGCUUGGUUGACUUUUGAAAAGUAAAAACAGGACAGAAGUCAUGUUCUUGUUAAAAGUGGGAAAAGUAUGUAAAGAUUUCAUUCCACAUUUUUCUAUCUGAAAAUCUUUCAGUUCUUUCUUUCCUCAAACUAUGUUGUACUUCUUGCCAAUUUUGGUCAAGAUAAUUUAACUUAAGCAUCCAAUCAGAUCAUUUAACUAAAGAUGCAGAUUGAUUGAUGUCCAGAUCUUACCCUCACAGAACAUUGAUUCAUAAUUCAGUUCCCAUGAAAGUUUCUGAAAUUUUUCUUCCAAGUUCCCAUAAACUAGGCCAAGCAUGUUGGAGUAUGGACCUGACAGUCAUUGUUCAAGUCCUGUUAUCACCAAAUAAUUAAUCUUGCUCUGCACUUUGGGGCCACAAUUUGGUCAGUCAAGAUUUCCCAAGAGCAAGAGUUAGUGCUGUUGACUAACUAUCUUCUCUCUAGUUUAUAUGUUUAAAAUUAGGAUGGCUAAUGCAGAUAGCUUUUGAGUAGCUAUAUAUGAAAAGAAAAAAAAAAACACAAACGUUUAUGCGAUCAAUUAUCUAGGCCUCUAAAAAAGACAAAAACAAUUGGCUGAUUGGUCAUGCAGGUUCUGAUAAAGGUUAAUUUGAUCAUUUAUUCAGAUCAUCAUGAUGGUAUUUCAUUGCAAAUUUUAUUAAAUCUUCUCUUAUUAUACAAGCUUCAACUUACUUUGUUUUACUCUCUGUGAAUGCAUUAUUAUACAAGUGAUUUUGUUGAUGAAUAUAUAUAUAUAUAUCAUAGAUCUGAAAAUUAGUUCUUUAAAACAUUUUGAUAGCUGUGAACUUUUUGUUAUCUACUUGUGGUUUCAUCUUACUUUCUUUCUGUUAGCCAUGACAUGGAAAAAUAAUUAUGUAUUAUAUUAUUUAUUUAUUAUUAUUUACUUAAUAAGCAAUCUCAAGUACUUCCAAGAUGCAAUUAAAUUAAUAAGACCUGAACAUGUUACAGUUAGGUGCAAUUAUUUUUCAGUUAUUUGGCAAUGUAAUAUAUUGUAAAGUAUAAUGGUCAUUGUUAUGCACAUGAAGCUGAUGCUGUGAUAGUCCAAUUUGUCUUGUGUUCUCAGACUAUCAAUAAUUCUCUGUUUUGUUGCUAAAAAUGUGAAACACCUUAUUCUAAGUAUUAAUCAGGCUGAACUGUUUCCUGAAUAUUUAAAUUUUUGACGCUUUUUAUGAGUUUGAUUUUUAGAUAAUUUUGAAUGAUUUUGUUUUUGUAGUGACUGAAUAAAAGAACUACUUUGUAAACUUAUGAAUUAAAUUUUGAUUGUUCCAUUUUAAUUGGAUUGAUAGCUGUGGGAGUGUGUGUGGUAAUAUAUAUUAAGGUAUGUACUUAACCUACAAGUAGUGAAGUUAUUGGAAGGAUAAAAAUAUAAAUUUUUGUAAGAAUAAGUAACAAAGCAGUUUAUUACUUUGUUGACUUUUCAUUUUUAUAAACAUGAGAUCAACCUCCAAGCUGAAAGCCAUAUUUAUGCACAUUUUCAGCUGCGGUGCAACUAUUGAAAAAAAUGUGUUGAGAAGUUCCAUGAUAGUUUUGAGUGAAUAACUCAAAUUUCAUGGUAUGCUAUUCUGGAGAUAUAACAUCUUCAUUCAGUACAGUUACAUUGAACUCCCUGUGUAGUUAAAGAGAAUUAUACACGCAUGUAGAGAGUGUUACCUGAAGCUGUCAGGCAAGUUAUGAUUGGGUAAUGUUUUUCUAUUGUUUGACACUACAAAAGAAUGCCAAGUAAGAAAUCAAAUUCAAUUAUGGUUAUUUAAACAUUGUGAUGUGUAUCUUACUGAGUCUUUUCCUCAAAUAUUUUAUGAUGAUGGUAUACUUUCAGAAAAAAAUUUUUCUUAUAACAUUGCAAAUAAUACUUUUAAAUAAGCAUCUCUACAGCUGUCAAAACUUGUCAAAUAGUGGAGAAUGGUACUGAAAACUUAUAAUUUUGAAAUUCCGAGGAAACAAAUUUUACCUCACUUCCUUAGCUAACCCAAAUUGUCAGUUUGUAGAAAAAAAAAUCUGACCAUUUUUAUAUAAGUUAUUCUUUUGUGGCUUACUGUUUACACAUUUUCUUGAAUUCCUUUGAGAUGUAUUUUAUUGAACCUUAAGAUAAAUAUUUCUGAUAAAACUUAAAAUUGUAACCGAUGUGUUUUAGUAUUCUACUCUCUUGUAGGCAUGUGUAUUUUAUGAUAUUAUAAUGAAAGCGUUUUUUCUUUAAUCUUUCUAGUUUUACACUGUUUAUCUUGAUGAAACCAGUUUCUAUAAAUAUAUGUAUCGCCACUGUGAUUAGCUAGCAUUACAUAAGCUUCACGUAGGACAGACUUCUUUUUCACUUGCUAAUAUGGAAUUGCUCAUCUUGCACUUGUGGUGUUCUAUUUGAUAUUUUAUCUGGUAAUUUUGCAGGUAUUUCUGGGAAAUUUGGUUUUUAUUGGUUAACAAGCACAAUUUUCACAUAAAAGUUGAUAUAAGGAUAUUGUGAAAAAAACAUUUUACUGGAACGAUUUAAAGGCCAAAUUAAAAUUACAAGUUUGUAAACUCACCGAGUUUAUGACUAGAAAUGGGUUUUAUAUAUGUUAUAUGGUGAAUGAUUAAUUGAUAUUUUAAGUAAAAACAUUUCUCAAGUAAUCCUUUUGUGGUUCUUGCUUCUGUGUUUGUGGUCAGUGUUUACUGAAGAUGGUAGCUGUGUAGAAGGAUAACUAAGAAGAGAUUAGGUAUUUUACUUAAAUUUUAAAUAUGUGAAUUUAAUAAUAUGAUUAUUUACAACAUUGAAGUAGGAUCAGUCAUAUACUGUUUUACUCUGACUUAAUAACUAAAACGUUGUUUGAUUUAUAAAGUAAACUUUAAUGUGUUUUUUUUCUUUAAGUUAAAGUGUAAAUGAUUUUAUUACAAUUGGCCAAAGAAGUGCCUUUCCGUGAAACAAGAAAAGUGAAGAAUUAGUUUAAAUCUGGCCUGAAAAGCAGAGUAUGACAGGAGUAAAACAAGAAGCAACUUGGCUUGUUAUAUGCUUCAAAAGUGUUAAGUAUGUUACUGGUUUUCAUCUACAGCUUUUAAUAAGUAACGGGCAGAAUGAAGUUUUGGUAAACUAGAAACAAAAUUUUAUAUUUUCAUGUACACAAAUCCUUUGCCAAAAAUUACUCACUUUUUUUGCUCUGAUAACCAUGGAAUCCUAAUUUCUCAGAGGUAUCUUAUGAUGAAGUGUAUUUAAAUGUAGAAUUUAUGCUUGUGAAAUUAAAUUGGUGCACUAUAUUUCCAUCUAUUAAUAGUAAUUCCAUAAUAAAUGUUGUUUUCCAUCUUUCAAAACUAUAUAUAUAAUAUACAUGGUUAGCUCUUUAUUGACAAUAUAUAAAAUUUUAGGCCAAGUUUCUUUCACUGAAAUUAUAUUUUUUUACGUCUAUUUUUUGUGACACGACGUUUUGUUUAUAGAUCAUGGAUUGGAUAUAUUUAUUUCAAUAUAUCGCAUGAAGGAUCAUGGUAUUUUAGCUUUGCUGUCUUGCAGCUGUUAUGAUCUGUAUACUUUGCAUUUUAAUUUACAGUGUAAAUUUAGGGAAAAAAAGAAAUAAAAUAUAUUUGUGCCUUUA